AGUUGUACUCAAGGGUGGGAGUUGAAGUCUGGGUUUGCUUGAAUGUGUGAUUACUGCGUGACGCAGAACACUCCGCCUUGCGUUGAGCAACGGGGAGCAGUGGCGACCGAAUCCGAGAUGAAAGAGCAAGUGGUCGGUGAGGCGAACUGAGAUUGAGCGCAUUAGUCUUACUGGAGGCAACACAGGCAAGCAUUUGGUCUGCAACUACAUGUCGCUCUUUGGGAUCAUCCUCUUGCAGUUACACAGAUUGUUUCAGUUUAGACAGCUUGUAACAGCCAAAGUGGCUUCAUAGCUCGUUGGCUAGCUAGGGACCGAGCUAUUUAGCCUGCUUGGGACAUCGCUAGCAAACCGGCAAAUUGGACACCGCUAGCUAGCGCAAGCUAUCAAAGCAUCAUUUUUGUUUAUACACGCUCGCUUUUCUUUUGAUUCGCCGAUCGCGGUAUGACUAGCGACCUGACAGUUUGAUGGGGCUCCUAAGGAUUAUGAUGCCGCCCAAGUUUCAGCUUCUGGCGAUGUUGGCGUUUGGAGUGGCGAUGCUCUUCCUAGAAAACCAAAUCCAGAAACUGGAGGAGUCUCGGGGAAAGCUAGAGCGAGCUAUCGCCAGGCACGAGGUACGGGAGAUCGAGGAGAGGCACACCAUGGACAGCAGCAGGAGCCUGGAGCUGGACGAGAGCAACGACGUGGUCAUCAUCUACAACCGCGUGCCCAAGACGGCCAGCACCUCCUUCACCAACAUCGCCUACGACCUGUGCGGCAAGAACAAGUACCACGUCCUGCACAUCAACACCACCAAGAACAACCCCGUCAUGUCCCUGCAGGACCAGGUGCGGUUCGUGAGGAACGUCACGUCCUGGAGGGAGAUGAAGCCCGGGUUCUACCACGGCCACGUGGCCUUCCUGGACUUCACAAAGUUUGGGGUGAAGAGAAAGCCUAUCUACAUCAACGUCGUCCGCGACCCGAUCGAGCGCCUCGUGUCCUACUACUACUUCCUGCGUUUCGGCGACGACUACAGGCCCGGGCUGCGGAGGCGGAAGCAGGGAGACAAGAAGACCUUCGACGAGUGCGUGGGGGCGGGCGGAUCGGACUGCGCCGCCGAGAAGCUCUGGCUGCAGAUCCCGUUCUUCUGCGGUCACUACUCUGAAUGCUGGAAUGUGGGAAGCAGAUGGGCAGUGGAGCAGGCCAAGUACAACCUGGUCAACGAAUACCUUCUAGUGGGUGUGACCGAGGAGCUGGAGGACUUCAUCAUGAUGCUGGAGGCCGCUCUGCCUCGCUACUUCAGGGGUGCCACCGAGCUCUACCGUACAGGAAAGAAAUCCCAUCUGAGGAAGACCAGCGAGAAGAAGCCGCCCACCAAGGAGUCCAUCGCGAAGCUGCAGCAGUCGGACAUCUGGAAGAUGGAGAACGAGUUCUACGAGUUUGCGCUGGAGCAGUUCCAGUUCGUCCGCGCUCACGCGGUGCGGGAAAAAGACGGCGAGCUCUACAUCCUCGCUCAGAACUUCUUUUACGAGAAGAUCUACCCUAAAAUGAACUGAACGGGGGAACCGGUCAAGCGGUUGCGAAAAGACCGUGAGCUUCGUCUUCGUACUGUUGUUGUCGCAUACACUGGAGUGAAAGGAAGAAGAAAUGAAAUGUUGUGACAAAGGGCUGACUGCAGGGGGUGCUGCGACCGUGUGAGGGGCUCGGCGGAAACGGUACCCAGCACCCAAGCCCUUUUCAAAACACUACCGGUUUUAUUUGCGUCCGUUUCUGCGGUAGUCCUGUGAAGGAGGCCACUUUUUGGUGGGCCUGAGUAAGGGUGCGAGGCAUUGUUUACAGAGGUCCAGUUCAUCAAGUUCCGUCAUCCUGGACCUGCACUGAGGCUGUGUACUUUACCACUUCCUGAUGAACUUCAGCCAGUCAAGCGAAGGGGGGUGUGUUCCACAAACGCACAGCAGGCACUGCUAAAUGGCAGUGUCCCUCUCUCACUGUUAUACUUUUCCCCCACACACACACUUUUUUCAAAAUAAUUUUGUUAACCAGUGUUUUUUUUUUUUUUUAAAUAUAUAUCAGAAAGGGAUUUUUUUUUUCAAAAAGGAUGGGUGGCAGGCAAUCUUAUCACCACGAAUACAAACACAAAACAGUGCAUCUAAAAGCCUUCUCAAGCUGAAGAUGACUGCUAUUAGGCUAUACGAUGCAGGAGGACAAUUUUCAAAACGUCUCGCUGACUGGUCAAGAGCCUGUCAACAGGAAGUGACCUCACACUGUUUGAAGUCAUCAUCAUAGACUAUAGGGUGGAGCCAUUCACGCAUUAGUCGCGUGGAUAGCACGUUCUCAUAUCGCUAACAGCUGUGGUGUCCUGCUGUUAUCGGACUUUCGUGACCUGCAUCUUGUAUACUUUUACCUGUAGAAGUAUUUUUAACUAGGGUGCUUUAUAAAGUGUUUACAGGUGUCACUGAAAAGGAGCGCCAGAACUGAACUGAGUCUGCUGCUGCUGUACAUAAUGCAUAUUUAAUGCAUCUGGACCAAACAUAUAAAAAAGAAGAGGUGGAUCCCAACUGUAGAUCACCCAAGGCAAUGUGGAUAUCAUUUAUGACAUUUGUACCAUACUGAAAAACAAUGAAGGCAAAAUCUUAAGGAUACAGUCACUUUUUUAAUGGUUGUCAAGGCUGUUCCAUACUAGCAACUGAAGUCCCAUAAAAUGCUUUGUAACCACCGAACAGAUUGUCUUUCUCUUUUUGAAAUAGUCUGUAAAAACCACUUUAACAUAUUUUAUUACACAAAUAUAUACAAUCUGCUUGUUAACAUUUUUAUUUUAAAAAAUGAUCAUUUUCCAUGACUGUAGGCUGUAAGCCUAUAAGAUUGAAGUUGCUCUCUAGUAGAGCAGACGUAAAACUUAAAAGAAAUGUUUAAUGCCAUUCAGUAAUUGUGUUAUUAAGUGCAUUAAUACUUUGCAGUCAUCUUUGUUGCUUUCAGACCGUUUUCAUAGUUUACAGUUUUAACUGUUUAAGUACAGUGAUGUUUUAUUGAGACGAGCAGCUGAAUGUCUUUGCAUCUUGUUUCAUACUGGUACUAAAAUGGAGUUUUUAAUUCGUGCGGCAGGAGAAGAGCAUUUCUUGCGUUCGCCGGUCAGUUGACUAGGUUACGCGGAAAUGCUCGGCACGAUCUGGGCACACGGCACAUCGCCGGCACACCAGCGGCAAGUCGAACCCGUCUGCGCGAACACAGCCCCACGCAUUGCGUCUCCCCCAGUGCUUCUCUGCGUUUGUACAGCGUCUGUACUGAGAAGACAAAAGAGGGGGGAAAAAAACAAGAAACUCGAUAGUGCCUUCAUUACGGUCCAUAGUGAGAAACCCAGAUCACCCCUGUCACCGCAGCCAAAUUCAUAUUAAUAUUUGUUCUUUUCCUUUAGUCGUCGGUUUCAGCCAUUGAACUACCAGCUUCUUGUUUCGUUGGGUUGUUUUGUAUUAUGUUUCGAAUUACUGCGAACCACUUUAAAUAAAUGCCAAAUUCAAACAUG